AUGGCCAUCCUCACAGCGCUUCCCCUGCGCCUCUCGCGACGGCCAGCUCGAGUGCUAAUCGGCGGUCUCCUUUUCGUCUUCUUCAUCCUGACCCUUACCCGCCGGCGGACCGCGCCAGGCCCUGCCCCGCCGUCGGUGCACUACAAGGCCAACACCAAGAGCUUCUUCCCGCCGCUGAAGCACAAGGCGGGCGUGGACCCUGACUUCUGCGAGAACUUCCCCACGAAACAGCUCGAUGACAUCCAGGUUGUCCUUAAGACGGGCGCCGCCGACGGCCCCAAGCUGAAGGCGCACCUGGCCACCAUAACCUCGUGCAUACCGAAUCUGCUCAUAGUAUCGGACCACGAGCAGAAGCUCGGCGAUUACAACGUUAUCGACGUCCUGGCUGAGCUUCCCCUCUCUUAUGCCGAAGGCAACCACGACUUCAAGACAUAUACCAACAACAAGAAGGCGCAGGCCGAGGGGGACACGGUCAACUACUCGCAGGCAGGAUGGAGGCUAGACCGCUUCAAAUUCCUGCCCAUGGUCGAUAAGGCUUACGCGGUCAACCCCAAGGCCAAGUGGUAUGUCUUCCUCGAAUCGGACGUGUACUUCUUCUGGGACACGCUCUUCCGUCUCCUCGAUCAAUUCGACCCCACCGAACCGCACUAUCUCGGCGCACCGAGCCCCGGUUCCGAUGACCGCUGGUUUGCCUAUGGCGGCGCGGGCUUUGUGAUGUCGCAGGGCCUGAUGAAGAAUCUGUACGUGCCAAAGACUGAGACAGGAACAACUGCGACACCGGAGACGAAGCUAGCUGUCAAAUACGAAAAGAUGGUGAAGGAAGACUGCUGCGGCGACGCGGUACUUGCCUAUGCCAUCCAGAACACCACCGGCGUGAAGAUGGAGUCGCUGUACCCGACAUUUGCUGGCGAGGAGCUGAGCAAAGUCACAAUUGACAAGGAUAGGUGGUGUGUGCCGCUGCUUUCGCUACACAGAGUCUCGCCCGAACAGAUGGAGUCGCUGUGGAAGUGGGAGCGCACACGGACUUACAAUCAGAAACCAUUCGUCUACUCCUCCCUCCUCGCAUACACGCAUUCCUUCCUCCGCGAAGGAGCCAGCCGCGACUGGUGGGACAACCUCUCCGUCGCCCCCGUCCCGAACGACCGUCCCGCCCACAAGAACCCCGGCUCCUGCGGCUCCGAGUGUGAGAAAGACCGCAACUGUCUCCAAUGGUCGCAUUCCCAAACCGUGUGCCGCUGGGCGAACUACAUCAAGCUCGGAAACGCCGUGGACAGCGAGAACGGCGGACAAGGCAUGAUGUCCAGCGGUUGGGCUCUCAACAAGAUGGCAGAACUUGGAUUCAAAGUCGACGAGGAAAGCGACAUUAACGACACGUGCGAGGAAGCGACCUGGGUCAAGGCAACGGUACGAUGA